AUGCGCCGCGGCGUGCAGCAGAUCGUGGGCCCGCAGGCUCGCAGGCUCGCCGCUGCGCUGACCGAGGGCCAGGCCAACGCCACAGGCAUAAGCAAGGCUCGCGCCGCCUCAACCGCUGCCAAGCCCCCGGCUGCUGCGACGAGCGCGGCUCCCCAGCCGCCCGCAGCGGCAAACGCCGUCACCAAUGGCGGUAGCAGUGGCGGCGGCGGCGGCGGCGGCGGCAGCGGCGGCGGAAGCGCGGGUGUGCUGCUGUUCGGCGUGAUUGCGGGUGCAGGGGGGUUCUACGCAUACGACAGAGAGAAGACCCCGCUGGAAAAUGCAGCGGCGCUCAAGGCGCGCGCAGCGGCGCUCCCAGAACGCCUCUCAUCAAUGCUGAACGGCCGCGGCGGCAGCAGCGACGGCGGGGACAAGCCGCCGCAGGACGCGGGGCCUGCGGGCGCCUUGCAGCACAGGGACUCGGACGACUUUGUGGCGCUACCAAGCGGGGCGCAGCCGGGCCACGAUAAUGAUGGGGCGGGCAACGAGGACGCGGCGGCGCGGAGGCUGGAAGAUGACUCGCUCUCUGCAGCGGCGGACGAGUUCCCCGGAUCCGUCCCGCCGGCUGCCUCGGAGUCAACCCCGCCGGCUGCCCCGGGCGCAACCGCGACGGCUGCCUCGGACGCGGACGCUGGCGGAAAGGAGGAGCGUGGCUCGGAGACCGAGGGUGCCGUGGCGCCGGCAGACGGGGGCGAGGUGCCGGGGGUGCAGAUUGACGCGGCGCCCAUAGAGGAGUUGCUGAGGGAGGUCUAUGCCGGCACCGCCGCAGCUGGUGGCGCUGUGUCUUUCGCAGCAAGCGCGGCUGCGGGCGCCGCCACCUCUGCGGCAGAGGAGGCCGCCCACGCAGCGGCUGCAGCGGUCGCGGCGGCGAUGGACGCUGCGGCCGCGGCUGCGGCUGCGGCGGCGCCAGCAGGGGAUGCGCCCGGGGGCGAGGCGCAGGGGCAGCGGCGCAGUGCGGGGCCAACGGCUAGGGAGGCAGGGAGCGAGGCGGCGGCUGCCGCAAGGGCUUGGCUGCCCAAGAGCAUGGGCGGAGAAGAGCAGGAACUGACCCCGUCAGCCCUCCUGGCCGCCGCCUCGGCCGCGGGCUACGGGCCGAAGGACGACUGGUCGGCAGCUGCCGCCCAGCUGCGUCAGGCGACGGUGGAUGCUGAUGCGAUGACUCUCGUUCUACAGGGGCUUCUGCAGAAGCAGCAGCAGCUGGAGGCCGCGCUGGCGCAGGAGCGAGCGGCGCGCGCAGAGACCGGGUCUGAGGCGGAGCGGCAGGCUCAGGCCCUGUCUCACAAGUUCAAAGCCCUCCUGGCACAGCAGCAGCGCACACAUGAUGACAUCCGCGCAGCAGCGGUUCACGCAGCAGAGGAGAGGGUGGCAGCGGAUGCUGCGCGGCACCAGACUGCGGAGAGGCUGGAGCGCAGCAAGUCCCUGGAUGCUGUGCGGGACCAGGUCAACACUCUGGGAAUUGCCCUCGCGCGCCGCAGCGAAGAGGCGCAAGCCGCCUCUACUGCCCACAAGGCGGCCCUGGGGGCGCUGGCCCUGGCGCGUGCCCUGGAGGAGGGGGCCCCGCUCAAGCCGGAGCUGGGGGCUCUGGAGGCGGCCGGCAUCAUCGACCCAGUGGUUUCAGCCGUGGCCAGCUCUUUGCCGUCGUCAGCCUCGGCCGCGGGUAACCGGGGAUUUGCGGCCACGCGACUCCCUGCCUUCGGGCAGCUAGAGCAGCGGUUUGAGAAGGUUGCAAAGCUCACACGGCAGCUGUCCUACUUCCCGCCCAACAGUGGCGGCGGUCCUCUGUCUUACGCCGUAGCUGGCGCUGCGGCUACGCUCAAGGUGGACGUGGGUCAUGACGGCGGGUUGGGAGUGGACUCGCACAUCGCAGAGUUGUCCUAG